UAGUUUUUUGGAAAAACGGAAAACAUCAUCUCUCACAGCUAUGCUUUGUAUUUGUAUUGAGGAAUUCCUUCAUCACAAUUACGACAACUAUGCAGAUAAAAAUAGAAGAACACAUUCAUCCUAUAGAAAAUAUAAAGAAAACAUUCCGACCUAUUUGACAAAUCGUCCAAAACCUUUAGUAAAACAUUGCAUGAAUAUGAUAGAUAAAAUAAAUGGUGUGGACUCAAUCAGAAUUAGUGCAGUAACAAACAGAUUGUACAAUGUAGCCUCAUUUCAGUCUAAUAGCAGAGAAACUUACCAAUGCUAUCUCAGUGAUGCUGAUCAUUUGCCAAGUUGUACUUGCUCUUCUUGGCUAUUUAGUGCUUAUCCAUGCAAACAUUUUUUUUCCAUUUUUCUCAAGUUCAAUCUUUCCUGGUCUGAUUUUGAUCCAUCUUAUAGAAGUUCACCAUAUUUUAUCAUUGAUCCCUUAUCAGAUGAAAAUAAUCAUUCAACAACGUUUCAUUUUACACGUUUGCCUACUGAAGAUAUAUCUGAAAAUAUCAAUGAGAAGCCUCUUGAUGAUGGCAAACCUUGGCAAGUGUCUAAAUGUAAUCUUCAGGCAGUCAAAAGUGUUCAUUCCAUAAAAAGUAAAGUCUUGUACUUUGAUCAAAGUAAAGAACAUGAUCAAUCACAAGUAAGUCACACUCCUGCUGCAUGUCGCGAACUUUUAAAUGCAAUAAUAAACAUGACACAUUUGAGUGACUCUAAACCAGCAAUAAACAAUUUGUUUCAAGAACUUCAUAAACUUAAAACAAGUUUUGGAGAAACUCUUAAAAGAGAGCAAGGUGUUAUUUUGUGUCCAGACCUAAAACCUGAAACUUGGAUAAAAUCUAAUUUACCAAGUCUUGUUAAUCUUCCCGUAAGACGCAAGUUGUAG